AUGUCGACCACGCCGACCUUCGCAGCGGCAGUCGCCACCGUUUUGCAGAGGGACUCGCCGGAAGAUAAUGACGACGUUCCCGCCCGUCACGCGAGUCCUGUACUUGCCUUUAUUAUUGGUCUUUCCAUUAUUCUGCUCGCCUCGAUCCUGAACGCUGCUGGGUUAAAUCUGACGAAAUUGGAUCACGUCCGUACGAGUGCUAUACCGAAGGCUUCGCGCAGGAAGGACUGGCUGAGGCCAUUAUGGUUGCUUGGAAUGGUAUUAUACAUACUCUCACAAUUAAUUGGCAGUACACUUGCCCUUGAAUAUAUGCGAGCAGAAUACGUUGCACCGCUUGGAUCAACGUCUCUCAUCUUCAACUUUCUGUUCGCGAGAUUCCUGGUGGGCACGCCAGUGACUAGUACCGACAUCUAUGGCACGAUAAUUGUAAUCGUAGGGGUUAUUGGGAUUGUAGCAUUCGGGUCCAUCAACAGCGGACUUGCGUCUGAGACAGACGUGGCCCACCUCACCAAACUUUGGACACGGGGCGGAUGGCUGGGCUUUUUCUUCUUUAUGGCCUUUGCUCUCAUAAUUCUCUACGUAUUCACAUCUCAGCUAGAUGCCGUGUUAAGCGCUCGGUCAGACCUCAGUGCCGAACCGUUUGCUGGCAUGAGCGGGCGCCGUAACCUCUCGCCUGGCGUCGGGUUUAUUGGCAAGGCCAGGAUCGCGUACACGAAAGCAAUGAUGUGGAUUGGAGAGCAGCUGGAACUCUGGACUGCCGCCAAAGGUGAUAAACAAAUUGCGUGGACGCUGGGCAUUGGAUGGGCAUGCUGCGGAGGAGGAUUAGCCGGAGGUACCUUGGUAUUCGCAAAAGCCUCAGUGAAGCUGAUCUCCGGAAGCCUAUCACAUGAGAAUCCCGGAAACCAGUUUGGACACGCUGCUUCAAUUUUCACAUUCAUUCUCCUGGCCGCGACAGCUGUAUUCCAGAUCAUAUGUCUGAACCGGGGACUCAAGGUCUAUGACUCGACGCUCGUCGUGCCUGUGUUCUAUGGAGUCUACACUGCGACUGGUUUCCUUGACUCACUGAUCUUCAAUAAUGAAGUAGACGCGUAUCAGUCAUGGACGCUGUUCCUGAUUUUCGUGUCUAUACUCAUCCUCAUCUCCGGGGUCGUACUGCUCACGCACAAGAAGCCAGAGCCGGUGCGGCCAGCGGGCACAACCAGACUGUCAUCCAUCCCUUCACGGAAAAAGAUCAAGAAGGCUGUCAGGGGAACGGAUGGAGAAGAGGAAGGACUCAGACCCGAAGGAGACCCCGAAAGUCGAGAGGUUGUAUGGCAGCUAGGUGACGCGAGCGAUGACGAGGACGAGGACCACAAUGAGCCCGAAGCACCACAUCCACGCCCUCAAGGAGCUGUUGGGAACGGGAUACCUGGGCGUUCCCGAAGCAACAGCGGUGACGAAGCUAUUGGUUUGAUGAACGGCGACGACGAGACAGCGGAAGACCGUGGAAGGGAAGCACCCACCCACAGACGGUCUACGUCUUCCGACGCUACCUUAGCUCGUGAUGAGGAGUUUGGAGAAUGGACGAAAGCAACGUAAUGCCCGGAAUCCUUGCUUAAUGUACACCAGUAGUUAGCGACGAUAGUCUAAUGACCCCUCCCUGGAUAUUCAAUAUUUGACAGACUCAGUUCUAUUUGAGCCGCAC